GACCAAUGUAUUCGUCCCGCCCACCCUAGCGCUUACACACAACAUGGGUGAUAGAAAGGCUGUUAUCAAGAAUGCUGACAUGACUGCCGAAAUGCAAGAUAUUGCUGUGAACACAGCCGCCUAUGGGCUUGACAAUUUCAAUGUGGAAAAGGAUGUCGCCGCCCAUUUGAAGAAGGAGUUCGAUAGAAGAUUCGGUCCGACGUGGCACUGCAUCGUGGGGAAGAAUUUUGGCAGCUACGUUACACACGAAGCGCAGAAUUUUAUUUAUUUUUAUCUUCAAGAUCGUGCAUUUCUCUUGUUCAAGUCGGGAUAGAUAUAUCUUGUUUUUGAGGAAACUUUGUUGAAAAUUACUCCGUAU